AUGGCUGCGGCCACGAUAAUCACUGAAGUGGCUAAUGAGGUAAGUGCUGAUGGAAAAGGCUUUUAUUCAAAGAUUGAUGCACAUAUUCAGACUUUGGCGCCAAAGAUGCGUGGGAAAUGGGUUAUAACAAAGACUAUGUGUAAAGAUAUAAUGAAUGUUUUAAAGCAAGGAAAAACCGUUGUCAUGCUUGAAUCAUUUUAUCAUAUACUUCAUGAAACUCAUGAACAAACUGGUCAUGGUGGUCGCGACAAGGUGCGAUAUGAGAUAUCUCAACAUUAUAGCUGGAUACCUUCAAAAGCAAUCGAUAUUUUUCUUUCGGGUUGCGUAGCUUGUCAGGUUCGAAAGCCGGUUAAGAAUCAUGUUGUGCCAAAAGCAAUUAUUUCUUUAGGUUUUAUGACUCGUGUACAAAUCGACCUCAUUGAUUUGCGUACACGGCCAGAUAAACAAUUCAACUGGAUUCUUCAUUGUCGUGAUCAUUUUUCCAAAUAUUCUUGGGCCUUUGCUUUACCAACAAAAGAGGCUCAUUAUGUUUUAGAAAAACUUCAGCAGCUGUUCUAUCAAUUUGGACCUUGUCGCAUACUGCAAAGUGAUAAUGGUCGUGAAUUUACUGCUCAAAUAAUUAAAGAUCUUAUGAAAACAUGGACAGGUUUGACUAUCGUGAAUGGAAGACCACGUCAUCCCCAAUCACAGGGUUUAGUUGAACGUGGUAAUGCGACUUUGUGUAAUAUUUUAGGUAAAUUCAUGCAUCACCAUGGCACAACGUAUUGGACUGAAUGUCUUCUGCCCGUCGUGUAUUCAAUGAAUACUAGUUUGUCUCGAGCAGUUAAUACAACCCCAUUCGAAAUUGUAUUUGGACAAAAGCCACGUACAGAUUGUGUUUUUUGGAAAACUGUAAGUGAACAAGGUAUUACAGAUGAAACUGAUUUGCCAUCUGAUGCCCUUGACGUUUCAACAGGUGACGACGGUAAUGAUUACGUUGACAUAAAUGAUUCUGAUAGCGGAAAUAUACCGUCUAUUAUACAAAAUUUGGAUUUAGAAUAUGCGCCGUCGUAUGAUGAAGAGAUAGCUGCAGCUUGUUCGGCAGUUAAUGCUGCGAUAGCGGCUGCAGAUACUGUUUAG